AUUUGCAUGGAUGGGCCCUCCCUCUCUCAGAGGAUGAAGAGGGGAAGGGAGAGUUUAGAGGAGGCUCUGCUCAGCUGUGGGGCACAGAAGACAGGAUCAGUGAUGAUCUCCACCAUGGCCUGGUCUCCUUUCCUCCUCACUCUCCUCACUCACUGCACAGGUUCCUGGGCCCAGUCUGUGUUGACUCAGCCACCCUUGGUGUCGGAGUCCUUGGGCCAGAGAGUCACCAUCUCCUGUACUGGAAGCAGCUCCAACAUUGGUAGCAAUUCCGUGAGCUGGUACCAGCAAGUCCUAGGAACAGCCCCCAAAAUGAUAAUCUAUGGUAGUAGCAAUCGACCCUCGGGGGUCCCUGAUCGAUUCUCUGGCUCAAAGUCUGGCAACUCAGCCUCCCUGACCAUCACUGGGCUGCAGGCUGAGGAUGAGGCUGAUUAUUAUUGUGGAACAUGGGACAAUGGUCUUAAUCAUCCUGUUUUCGGCGGAGGGACCCAUGUGACCGUCAUUGGUCAGCCCAAGUCAGCCCCGACAGUCAUGCUUUUUCCACCCUCCUCUGAGGAGCUCAGUGCCAAAAAGGCCACCUUGGUGUGCCUCAUCAGUGACUUCUACCCCAGCGGCUUCACAGUGGCCUGGAAGGCAGAUGGUACCACUGUCACUCAGGGCGUGGAGACCACCAAGCCCUCCAAACAGAGCAACAACAAGUACGCAGCCAGCAGCUACCUGAGCCUGUCACCUGACCAGUGGAAAUCUCGCAACAAAUUUUCCUGCCAGGUCACGCAUGAGGGGACCACUGUGGAGAAGAAUGUGGCCCCUGCAGAGUGCUCUUAGGUCCUCGAAUCUGUCAGGGAUGGGGGACUUCCUCAUCCGGACACUGCUUCCCUAGCUCACGAUGUACCCCUGAGACCCAACACCUGGGUCAGUUCCGACCAGGAAGGUCACAAACUCUCCCUCUUUCUAUUUGUGCUCAAUAAAGAACUUAUCUUUUAUCAUUCAA